AUGUAUAAGUAAAGCUAGAAAAUACAAUCAAAUGUAUAAAGAUUGAACUAAAUACAUAGAAAUUAUGUGGCUGGUGAUUACUAUUAAAAUUAUAAAAAUAAUUAGAAUAUUGAGGAUCCUUUAAAUGCCUAAAAAAUGAUUGAAUAAUAUAAGUAUAAAAAGAACGAAAAGAAAUAACUAGUAACAAAGAGAAUAAAAAUGGUGGACCCUUUUUCUAAUAAAUAUUAGCGUGAUAUGUAAAUUUAAAGAAUGAAAAUUAGAAAUUCAUUUGCAUAUGUUUAUGAGGCAGGAGGAAUACCAUGUAAGAUUAAUUAUAAUGCUCAUGGAAACAUGAAAAUAUAAUGGAUCCCAGAUGUUAAUAUAAUGACAUUACCAUAUGAUCCAGUAUUGGUUACAUGUUUUAAUGGAUUAUUAGAAGAUGUUCAUCCUUAUUUAGCAAUUGCUACUAUGGCAAUUUAAUACAUGUUAUCAAAUGAAGUAAAUAUUUAAUUAGAAUUAAGAAUGCCUAAGAAAAAAUAAUAUCACUUCUACCUAAAUUAGUGUUACCAUUAAGAAAUGCAUUAAGUUCUAAAAGUGAUAAAGUAUUUAGUUCAGCAUUGACAGUUUUGAUGUAAUCUCUCCUCUUUAAUUGAGUUCUUUGUCUAAUAUAGUUGGAUCUCAUUUGGAUAAAUAUUUAAAAUUAUUUAUUGUUCCAAUUUGGUAGAGAUAAAAUCAUUCUGCUUUUGGUGAACAAAUUAGAAUAGCUUUUGUUACUUUGGAAGAUAAUGGAGUAUUUUAACUAAUUUAAUUAGGGUUCUGAAGUUUAUUAAAUUAUUAAACAAAAGAUUCCAACCUACUCAAAUUUUUGA